AUGCCUUUCAACACCGCGUUGACACGGAAGUUAGGGAUUGCAGUCCCGAUCAUCCAAGGGGGUAUGCAAUGGGUUGCUUAUGCAGAGCUUGCUUCCGCAGUCAGCAACGCCGGUGGAUUGGGAAUACUCAGUGCACUCACACAUCCCACCCCUGAUGAUUUACGAAAGGAGAUCCGAAAAUGCCAGUCCAUGACCAAGAAACCGUUCGGGGUCAAUCUUACUCUACUACCCGCUCUCAACCCCCCAGACUACGCAGCCUACGCACGCGUGAUAGCCGAAGAGGGUGUGAAAAUCGUCGAAACAGCAGGCCAUAAUCCGGGGCCAAUCAUUGCCCAGCUGAAGAAGGCAAAUAUAGUUAUCUUGCACAAAUGUACUACUAUCAGACAUGCAAAGUCGGCCAUCAAGCUGGGUGUGGAUUUCCUCUCCAUCGAUGGCUUCGAAUGUGCUGGCCACGUCGGAGAGAAUGAUUUGACAAGCUUCAUCCUCCUUGGGCGCGCUCGACAAGAACUCAAAGUGCCAUUCAUUGCAUCGGGUGGGUUUGCGGAGGGGCGAGGACUAGCUGCUGCUCUGGCUCUUGGCGCAGAAGGAAUCAAUAUGGGUACUCGGUUUAUGUGCACAGUCGAAGCUCCUAUCCACCAGAAGAUUAAGGAGGCCAUUGUCAAUGCACAGGAAACGGAUACUACGUUGGUGAUGCGGCGAUGGAGAAACACCAGUCGUUAUUUUGCGAAUACUGUGACUGAAGCUGCGCUCAAAAUUGAAAAAGAAUCGCCAUCGGGCGAGUUCUCUGAGAUUGCGCCCUUUGUUAGUGGUCAGCGUGGUCGGCAGGUGUUCUUGAAUGGGAAUAUCAAUCAUGGGGUAUGGACGGUCGGCCAGGCUAUCGGAUUGAUCCAGGACAUUCCUACAUGUGAAGAGCUAGUUCGUCGUGUCGAACGGGAUUCAGCGUUGGCAAUUGAAGGGAUUAACAAGCUUUACCAUCACGGUGCCUUGAAGAGCAAAUUAUGA